AUGAAAAAGCAGAUCAAGGCUCACGAAGAACGAAAUGUGAAGUCUUCUGCGCCAAACGAACCGUCAACCACACCCUUGCCUCAAUACUUGCUGGAUCGAUCGAAUCCUACCAAUGCUAAGGCAUUGUCGAGCGCAAUUAAGAACAAGAGGGCGGAGAAGGCUGCUAAGUUUAGUGUGCCGUUACCCAAAGUCAGAGGCAUUGCAGAGGAGGAGAUGUUCAAGGUGGUGAAGACUGGAAAGAAGACUGCUAAGAAGAGUUGGAAGCGAAUGAUCACGAAACCAACUUUCGUCGGUCCCGACUUCACAAGAAGACCUGUCAAGUAUGAGCGAUUUAUUAGACCUAUGGGUUUGCGUUAUAAGAAGGCAAACGUUACUCACCCAGAGCUUGGUGUAACUGUGCAACUACCUAUCAUCAGCGUCAAGAAGAACCCACAAAAUCCUAUGUACACACAAUUGGGUGUUCUCACAAGAGGAACUAUCGUUGAGGUCAAUGUAUCUGACUUAGGUUUGGUCACGGCUGGAGGAAAGGUCGUCUGGGGUAGAUGGGCACAGAUUACCAAUAAUCCCGAAAAUGAUGGAUGCGUCAACGCUGUUCUCCUUGUUUAA